AUGGAUCAGGGUGGUGACCGGGUGCCCUCUGGUGCUACUCCCGCUACAACUGCUGGUGCCGCUGUCGCCUCGUCAGGCAGUGAGGCUGAGACUAGGAGAAGGAGACGCAAAGAGAAACACCAACAAAUCCAAGACCUCGUUGAUGACAAUUUUGACCGGCAGCGUAAAUUGUCAACGCACUCGUCAUCAGUGUCCUUUGUUCCGUUGAUCGUGUCGCGUGUCGGUCGCUCUUCGUGUUGUUCGCGGCUCUGGUGUCAACGGGGUUUCGUCUCGAGUCGGCACAAUCUUCCGCUAUCGCAGCAGCCGUCUGCAGGUCGCAUCGCAUCCCACCGUCACCACCACCGCCGCCGCCGACGUCGACCGCGCUCCGGUGCUCCUGAGGCUGUCGCCGGAGCCGCCGUGGUCGUCGUCGUCGUCGUCGCCGCCGCCGCCGCCGUCGACACUAGCACCGACUGGCACUCGCCCGGCACCGCCGCGAAAGCAGCAGCAGCAGCAGGCGCAGAGAAGGCACUCGGGUUAGGCCGCAGCUUCCCCCGACAGCCACUGAAGCAGCAGCAGCAGCAGCAGCAACAGCAGCCAGCGAACGUCGGAGUUGAACUUGAACGGAGAUCGACAACGUUCCGGGAACGACAACAACAACGACAACAACAAGAACAACAACACAAGCAGGAAAAAGACGGCGUGUAG